AUGCCUACACCAGCCGAUAAACGCCUGGUUGGCUCUUUCACCGACGCACACGGUUUUGCCGAGACCUACGCCCACUCGUUGAAUGACUUUCGCGACGCUUACACCGUACGCGCGCAGAGCGUUGGGCCUCUGACUGGCAAAGACAAAAAGGCCUUCGAAGAUUUGACAUACUGGAUGAUGUUUACGGAGGAGAUGAAGGAGGUCGACCCCGACACUUAUUCCACCGUACUGGAUCUGCAGCUUGAGAAACUCAUGUUGGACAUCGUCGCACGAGAUGACUUCUACGACGAACCCUUCCAAAUUGCCUCGUCCAUCGUCCGUGGGCUCGUGCGCAUGAUCAACUGGGUAUUCGCUCAUCCCGCUCCAGGCAGGCGAGAGAACGCAGCGUCGGGGCGCAUCAUAGCUUCGAUCGAGAAAGUGGGAGAGGCCAUGUGGAAGAACAAGGACCGGCUACCGUAUUCGUUUCAGUGUUACGAAGGUUACAUUGACGAGGAGGACCCGGUAGUCUCGCUAGUGCUGUUGUUCACGCAUUUCAGCGAGCGUGCAAAUCCGCCGGUCAUGCCAGAGGUUAUACUCAAACUCGUCCUCAAUAUAUGGCACAGGGUUCCCUACCGUCCCAACAUGUUCGACACCGCAUUCGAGUACCACUGGCGCCUGGUGGCAUCGGAUACUCCUAUGGAGUUAUGCUCCCCAGCAUACGUGCGAGCAGCCGUCAUAAACGGCAUGGGCGCGGACGCCUUCAUGCUCCGCCUCAUCGAAGAUCUGCACCGCUCGGACAUAUCGGACCGCUACGCCGCGGCAUUGUUCGAGGCGUUCAGAAUGAUGGGAAUGACCCCGCUCUUGAGGCCAUACUUCAUCAAGCACAAAUGCCUGGACGCUGUUGCGCAAGCAAUCGAUAUGCGCUGCGUUCCCGAGAACGGCGAUAAGUUUCGCGCGAUCAUGUAUCAGAACGCGCUCGUAUUGAUGCAUCUUUGCUGUGUUGACUUGUCGCUGAAUCGUGCGCUACGAAAGCCAGACGUGGCGGUACCUGGCCGAUACAUCGUCGACACACUGGUGCGCGGUGUGGCCAUGUCCCCGCAUCCCUUCUUCGAGCCCUCCCUCCGUCGGUCACUACGAGCCACAAUACACGUCUUCGCUCAAAGCGCCGACGACAUAACCUCCGGGGAGGAUAAACGCUCUCAUGCCCGAACCUUCCUUGCCGAGAUGAAAGCUCGCGCCCGCGAGAUCUGGUGGCCGUCGCUCGCUCGGCUACAAGCCGCACAUUACAUUGCGUUGGGCAACACGAAAAGCAUAGCCAGCGUUCCGACAGGAAGUGGAGAAGGAAACAAGAGGCUAGCGGGGCUCCUGAAGCAAUGGGAGGCUUUUGGCGAGUCAUGUGGUCUGGACGCUGAGAGGGAGAGGCGGCGCCAUCGACGCGAAGGAAGGACGUUCUGCUCGUACCCUGCAUGCCAAUGGAGCAUCGUCAAGCCACCGGAGAGCGUGACGUUGAAGCUAUGUCAAGGAUGUGGGGAGGCGCAGUAUUGCGGACGGGACUGUCAGAAGAGUGAUUGGGGUAAAGGAGGCCACAAGGAGAAGUGCGGCAACAGGAUCAAAAGCGCUUAG